AUGAAGAUUCUCGAGGCUCAGUCGGCCGUCCUGACCAAUUUCGAGGUCUACCACCAUGUCGUCAACCAGCCUCAAGGCAGCAGGCGAGCUGGGAAAAAAGGCCCGACAAACUAUGAGACUUUGCAUCGAGAGCUUGUUCAUUAUCUCACCACCAUGCCAAACCCCCUCGCCCAGCGGCCCCUUCCCUACAGCCAAGACUGCAUCAAGCAGCUGAUCCAGCGCCUGCACCCCUACGAGCUCGCCAAGGGCGAGAUGAUGAUGAUCUUCAACUUGCGCCCGGCCUCUGCCUCCGCUCUCAACACCAUCAUCGAGGACAUGGAAGAUCGCUUCGACGAGGACAAGCAGGCCGAGAUUGUCGACAUCAUCGCCGAGGUUCUCGGAACUUUCCCGCCUGGGGGCGCUGCUGGAGCCGCAGAGGCCAACGGCCAGGCCGAGCACGGGACGUCGUAG